GUUCCGUUCACUCGGCCCGGGUCACCUCUUCUUCUUCCAUUCCUCUUCACAACAACAAGACUGAGAAGAUUCCAAUCCCCAACAAGCCAAUCUUCGACGCCAUGUCCGACGCCCCCGAAGCAAACGCCCCGGAGGCGCGAAAGCACUCCAUCGGCAUCCACACUACCCAGGAUGUCGAGCACAUCGAGGCUCCCAUCACCUGGAAGGCCUACCUCAUGUGCGCCUUUGCCUCCUUUGGUGGUAUCUUCUUCGGAUACGACUCCGGUUACAUCAACGGUGUCAACGGCUCUGCCAUCUUCUACCAGGCCGUUGAGGGCGCUACUGCCACCAAGCUCAGCGACCCCCACACCUCUCUCAUCACCUCCAUUCUGUCUUGCGGUACCUUCUUCGGUGCCCUGAUUGCUGGUGACGUCUCCGACUGGAUCGGCCGAAAGUGGACUGUCAUCAUCGGCUGCGUCAUCUACAUGAUCGGUGUCGUUAUCCAGAUGGUUACUGCUCCCGGUCACGCUCUUGGUCCCAUUGUCGCUGGUCGUCUCAUUGCUGGUCUCGGUGUCGGUUUCGAGUCUGCCAUUGUCAUUCUGUACAUGUCUGAGAUUUGCCCCCGCAAGGUCCGUGGUGCUCUCGUCGCUGGUUACCAGUUCUGCAUUACCAUCGGUAUCCUCCUCGCUUCUUGCGUUGUCUACGGUACCAAGGGCUACUCCGACACUCGUGCCUACCGUAUCCCCAUCGCCAUCCAGUUCCCCUGGGCUCUGAUCCUCGGUGGUGGUCUGCUCUUCCUCCCCGACUCCCCCCGUUACUUCGUCAAGAAGGGUGAGAUCCAGAAGGCUAUCAACUCCCUGUCCCGUGUUCGUGGCCAGCCUGAGGACUCCGAGUAUGUCCAGAACGAGCUUGCUGAGAUUAUCGCCAACGAGGAGUACGAGCGUGCUCUGAUCCCCUCCACCACCUGGUUCGGUUCUUGGGCCAACUGCUUCAAGGGUUCUCUCUGGACCGGCAAGUCUAACCUGCGACGCACCAUCCUCGGUACCUCUCUCCAGAUGAUGCAGCAGUGGACCGGUGUCAACUUCAUCUUCUACUACUCUACCCCCUUCCUCCAGUCCACUGGUGCCAUCAGCAACUCUUUCCUCAUCUCCCUGAUCUUCUCCCUGGUCAAUGUCUGCUCCACUCCCCUGUCUUUCUGGACUGUUGAGCGUUUCGGUCGUCGUUCCAUCCUCAUCGUUGGUGCCGGUGGUAUGCUUAUCUGCCAGUUCCUCGUCGCCAUCAUCGGUGUUACCGUCGGUUUCAACAAGACCCACGUCAACCCCGCCGAUCCCACCUCCAACAUCGCCGACAACAUCCCCGCUGUCAACGCCCAGAUUGCCUUCAUCGCCAUCUUCAUCUUCUUCUUCGCCUCCACCUGGGGUCCCGGUGCCUGGAUUGUCAUUGGUGAAAUCUUCCCUCUGCCUAUCCGAUCUCGUGGUGUUGCUCUGUCCACCGCUUCCAACUGGCUGUGGAACACCAUCAUCGCCGUCAUCACCCCCUACAUGGUCGGUACCGACAAGGGCAACCUGAAGUCAUCCGUCUUUUUCAUCUGGGGAGGUCUCUGCACUUGCGCUUUCGUCUACUCCUACUUCCUCAUCCCCGAGACCAAGGGUCUGUCCCUCGAGCAGGUCGACAAGAUGAUGGAGGAGACCACCCCCCGUACCUCUGCCAAGUGGAAGCCUACUACCACCUUCGCUGCCCAGAUGGGUGCUGGUGAGUACAUGGAGAAGGCCACCGUUGAGGUCUAAGCGUUUCCUGCUUCGCAUUGGAUACAGGAGGUGUUUUUCCUUUUUUGCCCUUUUUCCCUUUUAUUACUAUUUUCCUUUAUAACGUGGUGGGGUGGAUAGCUGCAGGUAAUGGUCUACCUCUGCAGCUUUGUGAUGAAAUCAUACCCAGGGAACGGCGGAUGUGUCCCACGAGAUGUGUUUGAUGAUGAGGACGCUUUUGUAAUGCGGUAGAUGCGCGGACAUAACUAUUAUUACUAGUUAAAAAAUGUUAACCCAAGAUCCAAAAAACUCUCUUCCCUUCGCGCUUUAAGGAUGCGAAACGACCUAUAGUCCUUUUCACAGUCCCUUUUUAGCUACCCUGUUUUACUACUACUUUAUCUUAAUAAGAUCACUCACUUGAUCUAC